AUGGCUCAAUACUUGAACAAUGCUUUCCUCCAACCAUCCGUCAGCUUUGCGAAUUUCCGAAUAUCACCUGAAUGGAGAACAUCGCGACCCCUUCUAUCAAAACCCCAUCCCAAAAUUAGUCGCACAAUUCCCAGAAGCUCUCGGAAUCCUCCGGAUUGCAGAGAUCGAAAGGAGAUGCCUGCGCCAUCACCAAAGCCUGACCCUACGUUGACUGCGCUUGUGGGUGGCAUCUCCUUCGGUGUCAAUGGCGUGCAUACCAGGGAAGGAUUUCUAUACUUCACGAUUACGGAAUUGGGUUUUUUUCCGGACUUUACGUUUGAUGGCGUGGGUGAUGCAUAUAUUGCGAGAGGGAGAGUUGAUCUUAUCCGAAAGAUUACACCCGCAGGAAAGGUGGUUUCUCUGGAUUAUGAAAAUCUCGAUACGCUGGUACUCAUUGAGGGGAAUACAGCGGCGAAAUUUGGGAGGACGAAGAGUGAUCGGAGGAUGUUUUUAUAA